GUCUCUGCUAGGCCUAUCAUGCUUACCAAACCACUGCCGCCGAGCUGAAUCUGACUUUGACUCCGAGUCUGACGCCUUCAACCUGACACACCUGACUGUCCUUCCUUUCCACCCCAACCCGCCCAUUCCGUCCGUCACCACCGACCAUCGCGAUAGCUUCUCUGCACAGCACCACGCAUACCGCUACACCCGUCUUGACGCGAACCACGUAGUACACCCCUCGAACUGGACCGCCACGCGGACUCGCCGCCAUGGAGCCCGACUUCAUCACUCGAAAGUCGAUCUGCCUGGGACAGCCAUUGCCUCCGAAAGUUGUCAUUCACGACAGCGACCCCGACUUCGGCGAAGGAAUGGGACGCCUAUACCCGUCGAGCAUCGAGAGCAACAUCCUGGAAGAACUGGUCAUCUUGAAGUCCAAGCUGCGACUAUGCAACAACGACGACUUUUGGUCGCUCGUUUCUGAGCGCAUGGCCGAAAUCCUUGGUGCUCAAUUCUGUUUUAUCGCCAAACGCAUUCUAGUCGACGAACAAGACACGGCCGUCGAGAUGCCACCUAUCGGAGAGCCGGGGUCCUGUUUGAUGGCAAGUGCUUGGUAUUACAAUGAUGGAAACGGUAUACAAGGUCUCGAAAAGGGCAUGAAAUACCACGCAUACGGAUGCCCUUGUGGAUACAUGCGACACGACAAGGUCUUUGUCGUUCCAGAAAAAGUCAGCGAGAUCUUCGCCAACAACCCUAACAAGCUGCCCAUCGCCGCGGAGUCGUACAUUGGUAUCCCUCUCUUUGCAGAUGGCAAAUGCUUUGCUCAUUUCGGUAUCAUCUGGUCACUCGAAGGCGCCACCAAAAGAACCGUCUCUUGGGCUUUCAUUGAAAUGUUCAUGCACGCCCUCGAGGAUCUCAUUACAGAACGACUGCUUGAAGGCUCCGAGUUCAAAGACAAGGAGGAAUCGUCGACUAGGGACCCACCGAGGAUCAUCCCACACGAGGUCAUCACCGCCGCACAAUCCCUCCAGCCAUAUGCGAAGAGUUUGUCACAUGAGCUCAGGACCCCUAUGCAAGGCGUUGUCGGUAUGCUCGAUGUCAUGUAUGCCACUGUUCAAGAAGCAGCAGAGGGCCAAACAAAUGCGGAUGUUCGCAGAGUCUUCGAGACUCUGAAGGAGAACAUCGAAACUGUCCAAGACAGCUCGCGUCGUGCCGUCGAAGCUGCUGACAAUGUUGUACACGCUUACGACAUGAACCUGGGCAUUCCUACUGGUCCGCUACUAGACGAAGACUCCAUGGACGGCUUCCCAGAAAUGACUCACGCUUCUCAUCCAGAGAUCCUUGUUGCCGGAAGCGACCUACCCAUCUCUAGACCUAACAAGCGUCGCAGGGAGGAACCCAAACACGACUUGGAAGGAAGCCCGACGAAGAUCCAGGCCACUCUUGCUGCUCGUGCAUCCAAGGCUUCCCCCACCGAAGGCAUGAAGCAAGGUGUCCACGAAGCCGAGACGAUUCCCGAAGGUCGUUCGCAUUUCCCCAGGAGUCCUCGACCUUCGAUCGCUCCUCUGCAAGGUGACCGCGCAAUCGCGCCCGGUGUCAGACACACCAACCUUCGUCGGGUUCUGCAGUACGUUGUAAACGAAGGUUUAAAGGUUGGAGGCAGACCGGAAUCGGCCAUUGCGCAGGAGACUCAUCUUGGCGAAAUCAUCGAGGUUUGCACACGAUCGGCCAAGGGAGAGCCGAGGACGAAGCUCAUCGAAUGGUCCGUAGAUGGCACUGUUCCUGAAACCAUCCUCGCCGACGAGAAGGAUCUCGCCAAGCUGAUUUCUUGCGUCUUCUUGAAUGCUACCAAGUUUACCGAACAGGGCAACAUCACUGUGACAGCAAAGCUAAGCCCCAAAGCACGCUAUAUUGUCAUCAAGUGUACCGACACUGGCCCUGGUAUCCCAGCCGCCUUCCUUCCACGUCUUUUCCAACCCUUUUCACAGGAGGACCCUUCGCUUACUCGUCAAAGUGAGGGUCUUGGUCUAGGUCUCCUGGUGGCAAAAGGUUUGGCACGCAAGCUUGGAGGAGAUUUGUUCUGUAUCAGAGCAGACACUACUGGGCCUAAGCGUGGCUCAGAGUUCGAAAUGAGAAUCCCACUGAGGGCUGGCGAUACUACUACACGUCCCCCUUCCCCCUUCGGAACACCUUCUCACAACAGGGUACGCCAAUCCAACUCAAUAGACUCAGAUGGCCGACCCUCGCCGAUGCCCAACUUCAGCGGCUCGCACGCCCGCACCAGAAGCGACACCUCAUCCCGGGACCUUGCUUCUCCAACUGAAAAGCCUGCUACAAGCGACCCCCUUGCAGCACCCGCUGUUAGAAGUCCUCCGGCACUCACGCAUACUCACUCUUUCCCCAUGCCAUCAUUCCCGCCCAGACAGCCAAGCAUCAGCGGCCGCAAGUCAUCGGCAUCAAUUACUGGCAUUGAUCGCAAUCUGGCUACCAAGUACCCUCUUAACUUCCUGGUUGCAGAGGACAACAAAAUCAACCGCAAGCUCCUCGUAAGCAUGCUCAACAAGUUCGGCUACAAAACAGUCAUCGAAGCAUAUGACGGCGCCGAGGCAGUCAGACAAAUGUCCAAGAAUCCCACAGUCGACGUUGUGCUGAUGGAUCUCUGGAUGCCUUUCAUGGAUGGCUACGAAGCCACCGAGAAGAUUCUCGCCAUGACACACGGCAAGAAUGGCGUUUGUGGCGGUACACCGACUGUUCUGGCCGUGACGGCGGAUGUGACCGACGGCGCGCUUGAGCGGGCUGCCAAAGUCGGCAUGAAGGGGUUCAUGACCAAGCCUUUCAAGCUCAUGGACCUUCAACGUCUGAUUCUGGAAUACUGCGCUCGCAGCGGCAGUGAAGUCGACGGCGGGGAGUAAGUCUCCUUUACCAGACACGCCUUUCACUACUUUGUCUCUUUUCAUUUCUCUUCUAUCUCAUCAAUAUUUCAUUGGGUUACUUGUUGAAGUAGCGAGGUGUUUGGAGUUCCAAUAUGAACAUGAAAGAUCGGGAAACACCAACUGGAAUACCAUGGCGUCUUUGGUUUACAAUAUCUUUUUUUUUUUUGGAGUUGUUCUGGCAAUCAUGAACUAACAUUAGAUACCUAUGACUCUUGGCUUUGUCUCUUUUCCUUCUGCACUGCAUGGAUGUCAACACAUCUUCUUUCCGGCUAGAGUACAAAUAUUUUAAUCCAAUAACCAUGUUCGAU